AUAGAGAUGUCAAUGGUAGUCUGGAUAAUCAGAAUUUGAAAGUCUUACAACAUGGCGGAAACUACAAAACGAAAAGCGGACGAUGAAGCAACAAAUGAAGAUGAAGUCUGUAUCGGCCCGAUGCCAGACGAGGCAGUCAAACAGAAGAAACGUAAAGUUUUAGAGUACGAACAAGUUUAUCUGGAUAAUAUGCCGAAUGCUGAGUAUUAUGAACUAAGUUAUAUGCACAGAGAGGCUGUUACACAUGUUGCAUGUGCCAAAAAUGGUUUUAUUAUCACCACUAGUAAUGAUGGCCAUGUUAAAUUCUGGAAGAAAAAUGAAGAAGAAGGAAUAGAAUUUGUGAAGCAUUUUAGAAGUCAUUUAGGGGCCAUUGUUGAUAUGAAUUUAAGUGUUAAUGGAGAAUAUUGUUGUACAGUAGCAGAUGAUAAAACAGCUAAAGUAUUUGAUGUGGUUAAUUUUGAUAUGAUCAACAUGUUAAAAUUAGGUUAUCAGCCUAAAGCUUGUGCUUGGAUUUUUGCUGCUGGUGAUGCUAUAGCUGCAAUGGCUGUAUCUGAAGAUGGUACCAAUAAUAUACAUGUAUAUGAUGGUACAGGUACCAGUACUCCUCUACAUACAGUAGAUAAAUUACAUUAUAAACCUGUUACACAUAUAAAGUAUAAUCCUGUAUAUGAAGCAGUGGUGUCAUUAGAUUCUGGUGGUAUGUUAGAAGUAUGGACAGGACCUAAAUAUGAUUAUAAUUUCCCUAAAACUCUGAACUGGCAGUAUAAAACAGAUACAGAUUUAUAUGAUUUUAUGAAGUGUAAAUCAUUACCAACUAGUGUAUCAUUUUCACCUGAUGGCAAAUUAAUGGCUACCAUAGCAACAGAUAAAAAGGUGAGAAUUUUUAGAUUUGCUACAGGUAAACUGACCAAGGUACUUGAUGAAACUAUAAAACAGUAUAAUGAAGUUCAAGAAAUGAAACAAGUUUUACCAAGUAUGGAGUUUGCACGACGUUUAGCUGUUGAAAAAGAGUUUGAGAAAUCAGAAUCAUUUUCAUUAUCGAAUAUUAUUUUUGAUGAAAGUGGUAAUUUUAUUUUAUAUGCUACAAUGUUAGGAAUAAAAGUUAUAAAUCUGUACACAAACCAAUGUGUGAGGUUUAUUGGUAAACCAGAGAAUAUACGAUUUGUCCAGUUAGCCAUGUUUCAAGGUACAGGUAAAAAGGCUAAAGCAGCGGUAGAUGUGGAUAUGGUGGCCGCAGAUAAUCCGUUGUUACAGAACACAACAAAUGAUCCUAUUAUCUUUACUACAGCUCAUAAAAAGAACAGAUUUUACAUGUUUUCUAGACGAGAAGCUUCUGAUUCAAGAAGUGUGUGUAAUGAAAGAGAUAUAUUCAAUGAGAAACCGUCUAAAGAAGAAAUUGUGGCUGCUACACAGGAUGUGGCAUAUACAAGUAUAUCAGAUCACUGUAUUUUACAUACAACGAUGGGUGAUAUUCAUAUUAAACUCUUUCAUAAGGAGUGUCCAAAGACAGUAGAGAAUUUCUGUGUACAUAGUAGAAAUAGUUAUUUUAAUAAUCAUGUCUUUCAUCGUGUUAUAAAAGGUUUUAUGAUACAAACGGGUGAUCCUGCAGGUAAUGGUACAGGAGGAGAAUCUAUCUGGGGUGGAGAAUUUGAAGAUGAAUUUCAUCCAACGUUACGACACGAUCGACCAUAUACAUGUAGUAUGGCUAAUGCUGGACCAAAUACAAAUGGUUCUCAAUUCUUUAUUACACUUGUACCCACACCGUGGUUAGAUAAUAAACAUACUGUAUUUGGUAGAGUUAUAAAAGGAAUGGAAGUUAUUCAGAAUAUUGGAAACGUAAAAACGAAUGCUAAAACAGAUAAACCUUAUGAUGAUAUUAGAAUUAUUAAUGUUUCUGUUAAAUAAUCUCUUCUGGAAAUGUUUUUAAUAUUUGUAGAAAUGUAAAUAAUUCAUCUAUACUUGUAUAUAGGAAAGAUUCAUUCAUGUACAUAAACAUUAAAAUCAUAUCAAUUGA